AUGGAAUCGUAUUUAUCCAACCUCUUUGGAUUGAGAGGGAAAACCGCCUUGGUUACUGGGGGCUCGAGGGGUAUUGGAAGGGCCCUAGCAAUAGCUUUAGCUUCUGCUGGCGCUGACAUUGUCCUCCUUGUCCGAGACCCGUCCUCAAAAGAAGUAUCGUCGAUCGCUUCGGAUAUCAAAGCCCUCGGCCGAGGAUGCAUUGUCUACCGGUGUGAUUUAUCUGACCGGAGUGCAAUCCUCUCAAUCAUUCCUCAACUGUCCCGCGAUGAUGUUGAAAUCGACAUCUUUGUCCACUGCGGAGGCCUUCAGCACCGUUGCCCCGCCGAAGAUUUCCCCGACACAAACUGGGACGAAAUAAUAGGAGUCAACCUCACAGCCGGGUUUCAAUUAAGCAGAGAGCUUGCAAGACACUGGCUGAGUACUCCGACCAAGGGCCCCCAAACAUUUGCAUCUUUGGGGAGGAAGAAAAUCGUCUUUAUUGCAAGCAUGACAACCUUCACGGGCGCGGUCGAGAUACCGGCUUAUGUCGCGAGCAAAGGGGCAAUUGGCCAAUUGACAAAAGCUCUUAAUAAUGAGUGGAUGAACAAAGGCAUCAACGUAAAUGCCAUCGCUCCAGGGUACAUUGAGACGGAAUUGACAGGUGGUGUCAAAGAUGGGGGCGAGAAGGAACGAAAGAUUCUGGAUAGGAUCCCCGCUGGACGGUGGGGUCUGCCAGCGGAUCUGGCUGGGUCUGUCAUCCAUCUGUGUUCCAAGAGCGGAGAUUAUAUCGGGGGUGAAGUACAUGCUAUAGAUGGGGGAUAUCUGGGAAGGUGA